UCAUUUUUUUUAUUUCUAGCAGUAGCAACAGGUCGUGCUUCCAUCAGAAAGGACGAAUGAAGAGGCAUUGAAAGUUAUGUGAAUUUGCGAUUUAAUCGUACUUGGUUAGUUAGUCGAGAGUACAUUUAAUAAAAUUACAAUUUAUCUCGACAAUUUGUGUACAGUGGAGUCAACCAACUAUAAAUUCAAAAUAAAUUGAAAUAUACUCAACCAAUUUAUUAUACAGUGACAAAACAAUGCUUUCUCAGGAAAAAACUAGCCAUGGGCGCAUGGCAAAUUUUAAAUUUAACAAUAGACUUGAAGAAGCCCGAAGAAGGAGAAAUGCAUUAUCAGUGGAGUUACGUAAAGCCAAAAAAGAUGAUCAAUUAUUAAAAAGACGCAAUCUUGACACUGAACAAGAUUUGUUAACUUUAUGGAACAAAAUAGGCGAGGCUGUUUCGCCUAUUCCUUUACUUUCUAUAGAAGAAAUUGUAGAUGGUAUAAACUCACCAGAUGAAAUAACACAGUUAGCAGCAACACAGACUUGUAGAAAGUUAUUAAGUCGAGAAAAAGAUCCUCCUAUUAACGAUAUAAUACAGGGUGGCAUAGUGCCACGUUGCAUUGAACUCUUAGAUUGCGAUCAUAAUAUUCGCUUGCAGUUUGAAGCGGCAUGGGUAUUAACUAAUAUAGCUUCGGGUACAUCCGAACAAACACAAAAUGUUAUAAAGCAUGGAGCUGUGCCAAAGUUGGUGAAAUUACUCAAGUCUGUGUCGCCUUAUGUUAAAGAACAAGCAGUAUGGGCUUUGGGAAAUAUAGCUGGAGAUGGACCACAUGCGCGCGACUUUAUUCUUAGACAUGAUGCUUUAGCUCUUCUACUUGAUUUAAUUAAACCUGAUAUUUCUGUAACAUUUCUGCGUAACAUUGUUUGGACUUUAUCUAAUUUAUGUCGAAAUAAAAAUCCACCUCCACCCUUUGAAUUGAUUAAACCUGCUCUUCCAGUAUUUAAUCGUCUACUUAGCAAUACAGAUACAGAUGUACUUGCCGAUACUUGCUGGGCACUCUCUUACCUUACCGAUGGAUCCAAUGACAAAAUACAAGCGGUAUUAGAAACUGGUAUUAUACCUAAACUCGUUGACUUGUUGAAGUCAAAGGAAGGAACCGUUCUUACUCCGGCGUUGCGUGCAGUUGGAAAUAUAGUGACAGGUGAUGACAUUCAAACGGAUGCUGUAAUUUCCGCGGGAGGAUUAUUACAUCUUGGUGCAUUGUUGCGACAUCAUCGUCCUAAUAUUGUGAAAGAAGCUGCUUGGGCGAUCAGUAAUAUUACAGCUGGUAACACAGAACAGAUUCAACAAGUAAUAAGUGCUGGUUUGAUACCAUCACUGAUAAAUGUUCUUCAUUUUGGAGAUUAUAAGGCACAAAAGGAAGCUGCAUGGGCUAUAACUAAUUUAACAUCGGGGGGGACAGUCCAAAAUUUGGCAGAAUUAAUACAAGCAGGUGUAUUACUACCUUUCUGUAAUUUGUUGGAAACAAAAGAUUGGAACAUUAUUAUUGUCGUCUUAGAUGGCUUAACUAAUAUCUUGCACACUGCACAAAAAAUGGGAGAAAUAGAUAGACUUGCUAUUAUGAUUGAAGAAGUUGGAGGAUUAGAUAAAAUAGAAGCUCUUCAACAUCAUCAAAACGAGCAAGUUUAUCAAAAAUCUAUGGCUAUAAUCGAUACAUUUUUUUCUGAAAAGGAUAUUGAAGAAGUGAUACUUACUUCUAAAGAAAAUGUUGAAGGACAUCUUGAAUUUAAUGUAACGGAAAAUGCAUCAAUAGAUGAAUUCAAAUUUUGAACAUGCUUUGGAUCUGGAAUAUAAAUAAAAUAUUGUAAGUCGAAAAAUUUUGUAAAUACAUACGAGACUUGAUUAUCGAUUUAUU